GACCUAGAAUAGAAGAGCCAUCUGGAUGGAUGUAGGCCCAUCCAUGAAGUAGGCUUCGCCGAAGAUCAGAGAAUGCGUGGAAACCGUGGCCCAUUCAACGCGUUAUGCAAAAUCUUACUGAUUUUUUUUUUAUUCACAUCAAACAUUUAUAAAACCAUGCCUAAUUAUUAACCUUAUUAACCUUACAUUUAUUUAAUUGGAAUCGAAUCGGCCCACGCCGUUAAAGUAUCCUAUAUGGUUUUUGAAAACCCAUUGAAAAUUCCUCUCAACAUUUAAAUAAUAAACCCUAAAAUAAAAUUAAAAAAAAAACUGCCACUACUCCCAUUAAAAACCGGACAAAUUCCAAUCCGAAUCUUUUUCUAUUUUGUUUCCCCAUUUGUGUUUGUCAUAAUCGAUAUCAUUCAUCCUCCAAUAGAUUUGAAUAAUAAAUUUCUCCCUUGACUUUUCUGCCCACGGAAAAUCAACGCGUUCCAUCCAAAGAUAUUUAUCUUCUCGUUUCAAAGAUUAUAUAGACACCUUGUUCUCUCCGUUCAAUGCCAUUCUAUUAAAAGAGAAAAGAAACUUGUCUGCAUACUCAACAAACGAAUCCCCAAAGGAAAGAAGAAAAAGAGAGAGAGAGAGAGGAUGGAGCAACCGUACGUAUACGCGUACCCAGCAGGUGCAGGUGCCGGGGCUGCGCCGCCGCAACAACCGGUGGCGCCAGGGAUCGUGAGUCCUGCGUACUGCGCUCCGUACCCUGUGGAUCUGGCCAUCGUGCGGAAAGUCAUGACCUUAACAGACGGUAACUUUGUCGUGACGGACGUUAAGGGAAACAUCCUCUUUAAGGUCAAAGAGCCGAUGUUCGGUCUCCACGACAAGCGUAUCUUACUUGACGCUUCCGGAUCUCCGGUUGUCACCUUGCGAGAGAAGAUAAUGAGCAUGCAUGACAGGUGGCAAGUUUUCAGAGGAGGGAGCACGGAGGCACGUGAUCUGCUGUACACAGUAAAGAGAUCGUCGAUGCUUCAGUUUAAGACAAAGCUGGACGUGUUCUUGUCCCAUAACAAAGACGAGAAACGCUGCGACUUCCGUGUGAAAGGGAGCUGGUUCGAACGCUCCUGCGUCGUUUACGCCGGCGAUUCCGACUCCAUCGUCGCCCAAAUGCAUAAGAAGCACACGGCGCAGAGCAUAUUGUUGGGAAAAGACAACUUCACGGUGACGGUGUAUCCGAACGUGGAUUAUGCAUUCAUAGUGUCGCUCAUCGUAAUGCUCGACGACAUGAACCGAGAAGACGCUGCCAGUUCCGGUUCUUUCUAGACACCCACACCCUCCCUUGUUCUUAUGUCGUCUUGUCUAUGUUCCGUCUUAUGUUGAACAAUUUUUAGAUCGUGUUUUGUUUUUGCUCAAACUCUGAUGUUUUCGUUUGUGACAUAAAUGACCAUUAUUUGGUGAUGUUA